AUGGAGAUUUCAAUUGGUGACUUUGGAGCAUUUAGAGAUGGUUUGGAGGCAAAAAGGGGUGAUUCUCGAGAAGGAGACGCAUUGAUCAAGUGUCCCAGCGCUGUGGAGAACAACAACUUCGAGAUCAAGUCAGGGCUGCUCAACACUAUAGAGAACAACAAGUAUCAUGGUCUUGCUGCUGAAGACCCUUUUGAUCACUUGUACAAGUUUGAUCAGUACUGUGGCUUGUCCAAGACAAAUGGUGUUUCUGAAGAUGCUUUCAAGCUGAAGCUAUUUCCUUUCUCUUUGGGAGACAAGGCACACCAAUGGGAGAAGACUCUUCCAAGUGACACUGUCACUACUUGGGAAGAUUGCAAGAGAGCCUUCCUAGAAAAGUUCUUCUCUACUUUAAGGACAACUAAGAUCAGGAACGAAAUCUCCGGAAACAGGCUUGAUACUGCCAGCAAUGGUUUCUUCUUGGGAAGAAGUGAAGAAGAAGCAGAGGAACUGGUGGAGAACAUGGCUAAGAGCGACUCAAUCUACAGCGAGGAGCAUGAUAGGGUCAACAGAAAUGAUGAUCAACAGACAAAGAAAGAGAUCAAGUCCUUGCAGGAGAAGAUGGACUUGCUUCUUUCUAACCAAGCUAAACAAGAGCAGGUCAAUUUUGUGGGUGGUCCUAUUCAAGAGAUUCCUCCCAAGAUUAAUGAAGUUGAUGGUUUGGAAGGACAAGAAGAGCUGUGCUUCAUCAACAACAAUGGUUCUUGGUACAGGAAGGAACCUAACUUUCAGUACAACAACUACCAGCAAAAGUCCUACUCAAACAACCAGCAAGGAGGAUACCAGCAGAGGCAAAACACUCAGCAAGGGAGCUAUCAGCCUAGGCAAAACACCCCUCCUGGUUUCAACAAUAACAACAAUCAGUCUACUCAAGCUCAAGGAAGUUCUUCACAAGCUCCAGCUUCAGAUACAAGUGUGGAUGCAAUCUUCAAGAAACUUUUGGAUUUUCAGGCCAAGAAUGAGAAGACAAUGGGUUAUGACUUCACGAAAAUUCACUCCAAGAUUGAUGGCAGUUACAAUGAGCUCAACAACAAGAUCCGCCAUUUGGAGAAUCAGUUUGCUUCAAUGAACUCUCAGCCAAGUCGCCAACAAGGGGCAUUACCUGGAAAGUCAGAGCAAAAUACGAAGGAGACAAUGAAAGCCAUCACCCUUAGGAGUGGAAAACAGCUACCACCAAAAAAUCUCAUUAGGGAUAAUGAGAAGCAAGAUGGGGAGGUGGUCAUCAAUGUGGAUGAUGAUGUAGUCAUUAUGGAUGAGAAGACCAAUGAAGAGAUCUUGGAGAAAAUAGUUGAAGCAAAAGGAAAGGGUAAAAUUGGAGAAGAAAAGAAGGGGGAGAACAAGAAUGAAAUUGCUACUUCAUCAAAAGAUGCUCUAUUCAAUCCUCCUCCCUAUGAACCAAAACUUCCUUUUCCCGGUAGAUUCAAGAGACAGCUUUUGGAGCAAUACAAGGCUUUAUUUGAGAAACAAAUGAGUGAAGUUCAGAUUACUAUGCCCAUAAUUGAUGCCUUCAUGCUAGUGCCUCAAUACAUCAAGUUCCUCAAGGAUGUUGUAACUAAGAAGAAGAAGGAGAUGGAAGACAUGGUGGUUCUUACUCAUGAGUGUAGUGCUAUUAUCCAAAGGCUAACCAUCCCUAAGAAGCUUGAAGAUCCAGGAAGCUUUACUUUACCUUGUGCCAUUGGGCAAUUUACUUUUGAGAGUCUUGCAUACAAGGAUGGUCCCAAUCAUAUGUGGGACGGUGGAGGUGAUCAAUUUGAUUCACUGGACGAGACUAAUCUUGGGAGACAUGAGUUUGAGGAUCUUUCUCUUGAUGAACCUGAGUUGGAAGCGGUCAUGUUUGAUGGAGCUAAUGAAAAUGAGGCUGAAGAUGAUGUUAUUGGUCUUUGA